AUGUCAUUGACGCAGGCCAAACCUUCUUCUAUGCUUUUUGUUUUAGGGGCGAUCGUUGCUGCUUUACUAUUACUUUUGCCCAAAUCCCAACAGUUGCCAUUCAAUGCAGAAAAUUAUCUGCGAACAGAAUGCUCAAAUCAUCAAUACACAGUGGAGAUCAUCUCACAAGAUCCUCUAGUCAUUUACAUCAAUAGCUUUAUGUCAGAAGAGGAAAUUACUUGGUUGCUCAAAAAAGGAGAAUUUCGAUAUGAACGAAUGUUGACAUACCAAGGCGACUCCCUUUCCGAUGCGGCAUUUGCGGACGAAGGGCGGACCUCUAGUUCCGCCUACAUCGAGAAGACAGAUCCAGUGAUGACUUGUAUUGGGAACAGGGCAUUGGAAUUUCAUGGCGGCUCGCAACGGAUACUUGGAGACUAUGGAAAUCCCCAGCUGGUGAAAUACGAGCCCAACCAGAAGGUAAAUUUGCAUUAUGACUGGUGGCUCGAGCCCCAGAAUAGGUGGGAAGGGUUUGCUAUUCCCACCAAGGCGAGGCAACGCGGUGUUUUGGGUGAAUUUGCAGGCGAAUGGGACGGGAGACGAGAGGACUUUACAUUCUUCGUUACCUGUAGGAGAAGGGAGAAAGGUGGUAAUGAACUUUUGGCCACCUCAGUAUUUUCAAAACUAGUGAAGUUAGAGGAUAAAAUGGAAUUUGUAUGGCAAAUCAGACAUCUGAAGCACGAUAAGCGCUCCGCCGAGGAUUUGACGCAUGAUGAGUCUACUGGCUGA